CUUUCUUCUUCUUAUUAUUAAUUAUCUUCCCUUUUUAUUAUUAGAUCGGUAUGAAGUUAGAUGCCAAUGCUCUUCGUUACAUGUCAGCAGACGACUUCCGGGUACUUACAGCGGUUGAAAUUGCAAGCAAGAAUCAUGAAUUAGUUCCUCUCAGUUUGAUCGCUCAAAUAUCUCAACUUCGUCAUGGUGGCAGUCAUAAGCUUGUGGGCGAUCUUGCUAAACGAAAACUUUUGGGUCGAGUACAGAAUGCUAGUUAUGACGGUUAUCGAUUGACUUAUGGUGGAUAUGAUUAUUUGGCAUUAAAGACUUUUUCAAAACGUGGAAGUGUUUAUUCUGUUGGUAACCAGAUUGGUGUGGGCAAAGAAUCAGAUAUUUAUCUUGUGGCUGAUGAAGAAGAAAAUCAACAUAUUUUAAAGUUACAAAGAUUGGGCCGUAUGUCUUUCCGUACAAUCAAAUCAAAGCGUGAUUAUCUUCAAAAUCGAAAAUCAGCUUCUUGGAUGUACAUGUCCCGUUUAGCUGCCAUGAAAGAAUUUGCUUUUAUGAAAGUCUUGCAUGAAAAUGGAUUCCCUGUACCAACUCCUAUUGAUCAAAGUCGUCACUGUGUUGUUAUGGAAUUGAUUGAUGCCUUUCCUUUACGACAAAUCGAUGAAGUCGCUGAUCCUGGUAAAUUAUAUUCAGAUUUGAUGAGUCUUAUUGUCAAAUUGGCUCAAUAUGGCUUAAUCCAUGGUGAUUUCAAUGAAUUCAAUAUUUUGAUCAAAAGUAAUGGUGAUCCUGUUUUGAUUGAUUUCCCUCAAAUGGUUUCCAUUUCUCAUCCAAAUGCUGAAUAUUACUUUAAUCGAGAUGUGGAAUGUAUUCGAACUUUCUUCCGACGUCGCUUUGGUUACGAAAGUGUACUUUAUCCCAAAUUACAUGUAGAUGUCAACCGAGAAUUUAGUUUGGAUGUACAGGUGGCUGCCAGUGGAUUCAGCAAGAAAAUGCAAGAUGAAUUGGAAAAGUAUCAAGAAGAAAUUCAAGAACAAGAAAGAAAAUCUGGAAACGAAGAAGAAUCAAGUGAUGACGAUGACGACGAUGAAGAAGAAGACAGUGAAUCAGAAGAACAAGAUGACACUUUGAAUCAUGAUAUACCCCAAGAACUUACUGAAGAAGAGAAAUUACAAGAACAUUUACGAAAUCUUCGACUUGGAAAUACAGAACCAAUUGAAAGUGAAGAAGAAGAAGAAGAAGAAGAAGAAGAAGAGGAAGAAGAAGAAGAGGUAGAUUAUGAUAGCGACCAAGUGGAUGUGGGAUCUGAUCCAGAGGAUGAAUUAUUGGAAUUGAACAACCGGGACUUCAAAGCGCAUCGUGACACCAAACCAAUGCAAAAGAAACCUAUCAGAGUGACAGCUAAACCAACCAAGGAAGAAUUGAUCAAGGAAAAGGUAUCACGCGGGUUAAAGGCACAAGGUAGCAAACAACAAUACAAACAACUAGUCAAAAGGAAUCAAACGAAAGGACGAGUAAAACGCAAGAAUAUGGAUAUUAUCAAACAUGCUAGAGGUGGUAAUGGUGGUAUUUUUGAUUAGUGUCAUUAUCUCUUUAGUUUAGAAAAUUUUACAGUGUAUAAAUAAAAAGCAUCAUUGACUAUACUUUAUG